CAAUGCUUCGGACACCAGCGCCCCAGGGCUCCGCGGCUCUUGCGAGCAGCAUGGCCCGGAUCAGGUACCUCCGCGCAGCUGUUUCGGGAUUUUAUCUGUGGGAAGCCGCGGUACUGCUCAGCUUGGUAGCCACAAAGGAAACAGACAGUGCAAGAUCUCGUAGCAUGCCAAUGUCGCCAUCUGAUUUCCUGGAUAAGCUAAUGGGUAGGAUGUCAGGCUACGAUGCAAGGAUCAGACCAAAUUUCAAAGGCCCUCCAGUUAAUGUCACAUGCAACAUAUUUAUAAACAGCUUUGGAUCCAUUGCAGAGACAACCAUGGAUUACCGAGUGAACAUCUUUCUCCGUCAGAAUUGGAAUGAUCCACGCCUUGCAUACAGCGAAUAUCCAGAUGACUCUUUAGACUUAGAUCCAUCCAUGCUGGAUUCAAUUUGGAAACCUGAUUUGUUCUUUGCUAAUGAAAAAGGUGCCAACUUUCAUGAAGUUACAACAGAUAAUAAGCUGUUGCGAAUUUUCAAAAAUGGAAAUGUACUUUAUUCCAUCAGAUUGACUUUAAUACUGUCCUGUCCGAUGGAUCUCAAAAAUUUUCCAAUGGAUGUGCAAACAUGUAUAAUGCAGCUGGAAAGCUUUGGAUACACAAUGAAUGAUCUCAUUUUUGAAUGGCAAGAAAAGGGAGCAGUUCAAGUAGCAGAAGGCCUCACUUUGCCACAGUUUCUGUUGAAAGAAGAAAAAGAUUUAUGUUACUGCACCAAGCAUUACAAUACAGGAAAGUUUACAUGUAUCGAAGUCCGAUUUCACCUUGAGAGGCAGAUGGGUUACUAUCUCAUCCAGAUGUACAUACCAAGUCUCUUGAUCGUCAUUCUCUCCUGGGUGUCAUUUUGGAUCAAUAUGGAUGCAGCUCCAGCCAGAGUGGCUUUAGGCAUAACAACAGUACUGACCAUGACAACACAAAGUUCCGGUUCACGAGCAUCGCUUCCAAAGGUGUCAUAUGUCAAAGCAAUUGACAUCUGGAUGGCUGUGUGUCUGCUCUUUGUAUUUUCUGCACUUUUGGAGUAUGCAGCUGUAAACUUUGUGUCAAGGCAACAUAAAGAACUUCUGAGAUUUCGCCGCAAGAGGAAGAAGAACAAGGAUGAUGACGUAAGGGAAAGUCAGUUUAGUUUUACAGCAUAUGGAAUGGGCCCAUGUCUGCAAGGAAAAGAUGGAGUGACACAAAAGGGGCCAAAUAAUCCUGUACAAGCUGCACCAAAAAGCCCUGAUGACAUGAGAAAGGUAUUCAUUGACCGGGCCAAAAAGAUAGACACGAUAUCCAGAGCUUGUUUCCCAUUAGCCUUUCUGAUUUUCAAUAUUUUUUAUUGGGUAAUUUACAAAAUCAUCAGGCAUGAGGACAUUCACCAAUAACGAAAUUAAGGCUUGUAGGACAUACAGAUCUGGCUGCCAUGUUCAACAGGAGGCUUUCUGUUAGAAAUGCACAUCUGAGCAGGGAUUGGGAGAGUUAAAGGCAUUGAGAAGGGAAAAAAAAAAAGAUCCUGCCAUGCCCAGUCACAGUGGAAUGGAAGAAUGACACCCAGAGAACAUACAUAUGCUAUUGCAAAUUUUGUGUAAAACUAAAUAUUAACUUUUGUAUUGUAGAUCACUCUCUACUGAAGCUCUUCUGCCAUUUAGUUAUACAUACUGUUACAUAGUGGUAUAAUUGUACAAUAUUCUUUGAUUUUCCUUACAUUUUUUAAAAAUUCUGGUGUAUUUCUAAUUAAAAAAAAAAAGGAUCCAGAAUACCCUAGGUAAAUCCCACAGUUUUGCAGAAUAAUUAGUAUUUGUAACAUUUAUUUCAAUUUUACAAGAUAAUGACAAAUUACUGAUUUCAGGUUACAGUCAUAGGGACUUUUUCUUGUCUUAAAGACAGUAUUUACCAUUUUGCAAUGAGUACAUUUGGCACAUUCAGAUUAUAUAAUUUAUUCAAU